AUUGUUUCUUCAAAAAAAAAAAAAAUAUCAUAAACUGUGAGAAAAAACUUAGUUAUAAGUUAUAAGUAGAGAAUUAUAAACAACAAAUCCGUUGUAGUCUAGUUGGUCAGGAUACUCGGCUCUCACCCGAGAGACCCGGGUUCAAGUCCCGGCAACGGAAUAUUUUUUUUUUUUUUAAUUUAUUUUUGCCGCUUCGAAAUUUAUCGUCUUCUCCAAAUAUCUAGCUUGAACCCUUUUAUUUUGCAAAUCCCCUUUUUCUCUCUCCUUUGAUUCCUUUAUAAUUCCCUCAAUUUGUCCCCAAUUUCGUCCCUGUUUUUUCUGCUCUUUUCAGAUAACUUCAAAUUUGGUUAAUAUUCAAUUAUUCUUUCUCUUUUUUUCUUCAGAAAUCAAAAGGUGUGGUUAUUUCAUUCUGAAUACUUUCCACCUAUCAUUAAUUUGAUUAAUAGAAGGCUAAUUUUUCAGCCUAUGGCUAUAGUAGAUGAUGAUAUGAAGGAAGACUCACUUCGUUCUGUCUUUUUGAACUCCCUAAUAUCCAACGUCGAUGAAGAGAGUCUCUCUCUUGAAGAUGUAGCUUGGGCUGAUUCAUGCCUGAAUAAAGAUGUGGAUGAUUCGGAUACAGACUGGAGUUCUAUUAAAGAUGCAUUAUUGGAGAUUAUCAGCGCUCAACCAGAACCUCCAGCCACGUCAGUGGUGCAGAGCAGUAUGCAACUAUCUGCUGAUGAAAUUCCUCAAUUCAGAGAAAAUCUGAUUAGUAUGGAUUUUGGCGCAGGAUCUGAUGAAGAUGAGGAUCUCAUAGAUGGUGAUUUUGGAGAGAUUGAAAGCAUUGAUUUAUCUGAAGAUGAUGAAGAUGAUUUUGUAACCAGAAAUAAGAGAGGCAGGGUGAGAGGAAAAGUUCUUAACGUUUUCCGCCCAAAUUAUUCUGAAGACGUAAAAGCAGAGAACCUUGAUUCUGAUUUGAACUCGAGUUUGACAACAUUUGAGGUGAAUACUUCAUUGGAAGACAUCUUCAAAGUCUGGGAUCUUGGGAUUUCAGACGAGCAAGAUGAGUUUGGAAAACAAUUGAACAAAGCCCUUGCUGAUGUUCCUUCACAGAUUCAAUCAAGUUCCAGUGAUUCAGCAGUAGUAUUAAAUGAUCCGAUGCAGGUGUCUAUAGAUGAUGUCAUUGCUGGCAUUGGUGAUCUGUCUCUCAAGCAGUAUACAGAAUGAGUUGUUCGUUUGCUUCUAACUUUUCUUGUUCAUAUACAGAAUGAGUUUUUGGUCAUAUAUUCAUCUGGUAGUUUUACAUUUCUGCCUUCUACUUCUACACUAUGAAACUCGAGUUUCUGUAAACUUGUUUUUGGCCUUCUGCUUUUCCUAGAAAUCAGAAAUGUGCUAUUGAAAUGUUCUGCUUUGCUGGUAAAUUGUUUAUCUUCAAAGUAUUUAAUUUCAAUGGAAGUUGAAGUGCAAGUGUUCUUUUUUAGAGUAAGCCUGUAAUUGUACACUCCUUUUGGAUUUUUUCAUCUCUAUUGGAAGCUCAUAAGUUCAGUAAUCA